CUGACAACACGGGUGCGGAUCAGCUGCCUACGCGAUGGUUGGUGGCCAACAUUAACGUUUGCUUUUUUCCCGGCAGCUGCGCACAGCGGCGAGUGCUCAGUCAGAAAAGCGCGCACUGCCUCGUAAACGCAGUGACUCGCUCGUUUUCUUCGUGGAGUAAAGAGGCAUAUGUAAAGCCCGAGUACCCUGGUUGUCGCGUCGUGGAGACUCAUGUCGCAUUCCUCCAAACCCACCGGAUCCAGCGAUGUCAGCACUCUCGACAGCCAGCACCCACCUCCUCUGGGAGGCGGCCGAAUGCGUUUACCAGGAAGAACCGGAUGAAGACCACCCAAGCCUCUCCUGGUGCAGCGAAUGCAAGGCGGUGUACUGCGAGGACUGCUGGAGGGUGCAACCGCUCCACCGCCGGAGGAAACCCACGGCCGAACAACACGAGAAAACGGAGCUGGGCGUCGCAAAGCUCAUCCAUGAUAUACUGCGGCCCGAGGAGGAUCUGGUCAAUCAGACCGAGCGGCAUAUCGAGAAUAUUUCGACAAAGUGGUUCGGAGUCACGGCCGAUGAGAGCGGGAAGCGGAUGUUGCAGGACUUCAAGCGGUUCGAUGAUCUCGCGUUCAGUAAGGAGACUGCAGCACGGAAGCAGUAUCCGUGCAUUGUCACUUUCGUGGGUGCUACGGGAGCCGGGAAGAGCACAUUGAUCAACGCUCUGAUGAAGUUGAAACACUCCUCCGAGGUCACGCCCGUAGUUGGAGCCAACCUUCAUAUUCCAACGAGCGGCGAUGUCCAUCUGUUUCCCGAUCCUGAAACGUACCGCUCGAAGCGGCCGAUCUACUACGCCGACUGCGAAGGACUACAGGGCGGGAACCGCAAGCCCAUGGAAAGCGACAUUCAGGACGGAUCCGCAGUGCAGCCAUACCAUUACCCGCAAACGUCACGAUCAUCAACUCCUAUGCAGCGCCUGCGGGGUGUUUUGUCGUCGGCUGCGCUACCGAGUGGCAGCGAGCCUUCGCGGAAGACAAAAAACAACACUCCGGCGAUUUACGAAAGCCGGCAAACGCAGGUCGCGCCGGCUGUAUGGUCGUCGCCGAUGCAGCAGCGUAAGAUGAUGUACGCACAGCGCUCACAACAGUAUGAGAUCAAGUGGGCGGACGGGAAGGUGACGAGAGAGAACCUGGUCGCAACACUUUAUCCGCGAGUCCUAUUCACUUUCUCGGACAUUGUCGUCUUCGUGUCGAAGGAGCUCCGAACACUCGAAAACCACAUCCAAACCCUCAUCGAUUGGGCAGAGGGUGCCUUCGAACAAUCCGUCAACCAGCCCACCCUUCCCCACGUUGUAGUGGCGGUCAACGCGCUAGAAAACCAGAACAAUACCACCCAUUCUCUCAACUGGUGGGACACUGACAUAGCAACAGCAAAGGUGCUUGGUGACCUCAGCGCAGCAAUCCACGAGCCCGGGUCAUUGAGGCGGCUGGCGGAGCAGUGGAAGGAAAGGGGGAAGGCGAUUAACUCACUCGGAGACCUUCUUUCAUGCUAUUUCAGCAGCGUGAAAAUCGUCUGUAUUCCGCGCUCCGACAGGCCGCCGCAUCUCAUCUACACUCAGUACGACAGCUUGUACAGGGAGAUCAAGCAAGCGGCAUGGGACUCCCGGAAACGGCGGGAGCAGUCUGGCAUGUUGUUCUCGAGCUCCGAGCUGCAGCAAUAUCUUCGGGCGUCCUUUGAGCAUUUCUGCACGCAUGCAAACAGGCCGUUCAAUUUUUUGAGGGCUGCCGCCCGGAAGAAUCGAGUCGGGAAGACUUUCGAAGAUCACAUCAUCGAGGCGGCCACUUUGUUCAUGGAGAAAGAGCCGCAUUUGGAAGGAGAACAGUUGUCCGUGGAGCUCUCUCGCCUGGUGGCAUCCAGCAUGUUGCUGAAUGCGACAAGAUUACUUCUUCCGGGUCGUUUUCAUAUGGAGUCCGUCUUCCUUCGCUACAAGAAGAUCUGUGCGAAGACACUCACUCACUUUUACAACAACCAUUGGCGUUGUGAGAAACGGGACAAACGUGGAAACCGAUGCGUCAAUGUUGCCGUAUGCCAUGACAAAGGACACCAAGACGAAACAGGGAAGGUCUUCGAAAAGGGCGAAUAUAUUUCGUCUUUCCAUACGAACGAGGUACAGCAAAGGAGGGACUUCCUGGUGAAGCUCAAGUAUCGCCUCUCCAAAUUCCUGGACCUGAAGAGGAAGACUUAUAUACCCGAAGGCUUGGAUGAAGACGAAGAAAAGGUAGUCGCCAUGUUGCACCGCGAUCACACGUUACGGAGCUACACACAUAUUUGGGGAACAGGUGCGACCGGGAGUCACACUACUUGCUUUUCAUGCUUGUAUUGCGUUCCGAUGCACAUCCUGUAUUGUGGCCAUAUCAUCUGCGACAGAUGCUUUGUUAACUACUCCGAAGCGAUCAAUGGAGGCCGGAGAGAAAUCACCGUCUGUCCCCUGUGCUGCAACGUGGACUAUCCAUGGCCGACCCCUUGGAUAAUCGCGUCGAAACCAGCAACUGCGGGGCUGCGAAUUCUGACACUCGACGGCGGUGGUAUGCGGUCUGUUGUGCAAUUGGCAAUCUUGGCUCAACUUGAGCGGUGCAUCGAUCUUGGUAUACCGAUACGACAAUUUUUCGAUUUGAUUAUCGGAACCAGCGGCGGUGGAAUAGUAGCGUUUGGCGUGGGAAUACGGCAAGUUGAAAUCGAAGAAUGCCUGGAAGACUUCAAAACUCUCGCAGCAAAGGCGUUCACGAAACGUGUGCUCACCGGCACCCCUAUUCUGGGUACAUUGAUUGAAGGAUAUUUCCACAGCAGAUACAGAACUGGGUCACUGGAAAAAGCCCUGAAGUCGAUAUUCGGCCAGGAACCACUCUUCGGUGCUCAGGCUUCCAGUUCACAGGCUUUCCCGGUUGCAACCCGCGUGGGAGUAACUACGUGUGUAGAAUCCGACCAAACGGCUUUUCUGCUCGCCAAUUAUAAUAGGGUACGGACGGAUUGUGACGUCGCAGGCACUCCAUGCAAGUUUCUGAGAGCGGCCAAUCGGGAUAAGGAGGUUAAGACGUGGGAAGCACUCCGAGCCACCACCGCAGCGCCGACGUUCUUUAGACCGUUCUAUCAUAAAUCCAGUUCUCUCUCCUUCAUCGAUGGAGCCAUCAAAUUCAACAACCCCGCGGAGUUGGCAAACGAAGAGCGCAAAAUGCUUUGGCCGGAAUCCAAGAAUCGAGACCCAGACAUACUCCUGUCCAUAGGAACGGCGUUCGAUUCAUCCGUACCACCUCCGCCCGUAGUACCUAAAGCGGAUCAGCGGGGGAUCUCAUUGUUCGUUAAAAGAAUGCUCAAGUUUGUUAACACAGUCAUAGAGGACAGUACGAACGGCCAACGGGCUUGGAAGAGUUUUAUUGGAAAAUUGGCCAUCGAGAGAGGAGACCAGGAUAAGCAGAGAAAGUAUGUUCGACUAAACCCCGAUCUGGCCGAAACUGGCAUUGGCCUGCCCAAAUUCGACGAGGUCGAGAAAAUGGAUCAGCUCUUCGAGCAUGUCAAUACCUCGUACUUGCCUAGCAUAUCCGCUGAGCUCCAGGUCGUGGCUAAUACCCUGGUCGCGUCGCUUUUUUACUUUGAGGAGACUCUGAUUGAAGUGGACGUAAACGGACAUGUCACAGUAGAAGGAUAUAUACUGUGUCGACUACCGCCGGACUCCCGAGCACUGCAAAAGCUAGCACUUCGCCUCUACCAAUCAGCCUGGCUUCUCGGCAUCCCGCACGGCCAAUACGCACGCCUCAGCCGCAAGUCACAUCCGGACGUAUACCGCAACAUCAUCACGCCCGGCAACAUGGAUCCUUUCCAAUUGCCCAUCGCGUUUCGAUUGCUGGGACGUUCGGCGCGCGCGCGAAUCUAUCUUUCGUUGACGGGAACAUCCGCCGAUAGUGUUCUGAUAAGUGGAUUUCCGCGAAGAAUGGGUGAAUCGCUGGCAAUCCCGACUACUUAUCGUAGACCAGUAGUUCAGAAUAACGGCUACCGGUGAAUGAAAUAGGCGGAAUUCCCGUGGAGGCGACACGCUUUAGUGUGGAGAUUUUGUUUGGAAAUUCUCUUCUUUUUCUUCUUCUUCUUUUUCUGUUAAAAUAAUCUAAUCAUAAUCCCUACGGGAUGUUACUUCAUGUCCGUGUGGCGGUCCGCCGACACCGAUCGACUUUGAAAAUCACUCGCGUAGAUGGCCGGAUCCUCGGAACUCUACAUAUCUCUUCGAGAGUUUGGGCGGCAGGAUUACCCGAGCGGCGUCGGACGCGUUGGUGUGUAUGUAUCUUCUGGGGCCAAACCUAGG